UAUACAGUGUGAGCCGGCAGGGGGUGUUCAUGGCUCCCACCAAAAUGGCGAAAGGUUUCGUCUGUCCACUGAUCUCUAUGGUCCGUGACUUCAUGAAGCUGCAGGUGUCAUGGCGGCUGUGUGAGAGUAAACAGAUUAGAAAGGUCUGAAUAGGCCAUUGCUGGAUUAGAGCUUGUUACAGUACACGAUGGAUGAGGAGAGUCUAGGUGCUGCUCUGCAGACCUACAGAGCUCAGCUGGAGCAAGUGAGCCUUACCCUGCAUGGUGAUGUGGAUCCGUCGCAGAAAGCAGAUCUCAUUCAGCUCCAGGGAGAUUUACAGCAGCUGAUCGAACUGACCGAGUCUAGCCUACUCUCUGUACAGAAGUCCAAUUUACUGUCAGCACUUGAUGGGCCAUCAUCAUCCUCACAUCAGGACGACGAGUAUGAGGCUUUCAGCUUGGCCAUUGGAGAAUUGAGUAAUAAAACUAUACUUCCUGAGACUAAUGAUGUGAAUAGUUCCAACAACUCAGAGGAUAGGGAAGAGGAGGAGGAGGAAGAUGAGACUAGUGGAAUGAAAGUGAAAGCUCCAUACUAUAGCACAUGGGGGACCUUAGAGUAUCACAAUGCUAUGGUUGUGGGGUCAGAGCAAAUGGAAGAUGGAAGCCGUGGAGUCCGAGUUCUGUAUCUCUAUCCUACCCACAAGGCCAUGAAGCCUUGCCCCUACUUCCUGGAUGAUAAGUGUAAUUUCAAUGACAGCUGCAGAUUUUCACAUGGACAAGUAGUGCCUGUCGAUGAGCUGCAGCCCUUUGAUGAGCCAGCCCUUGGUUCUCUUGGGCUUAACAACCCCUGUCUGGCUAAACACAAUGAUGGCAUCUGGUACCCGGCACGAAUUACAGACAUAGACAACGCAUUCUACACAGUGAAAUUUGAUUCUGCACUACUAAAAGAAACUGUUUUAGAGGCUGAUGCCAUCAUUCCACCUCUGCGGGAAAGGGACAGUUCAUCCUCUGACGAGGGAGCUGAGGAUUCUGGGUACGCUCGAGUGCUUGUGGACACUGGAGAAAUUGGUGCCGCACCCUGCAGUACUGAGUUUGCUGGGUGGGAGGCACAUACGCGUGGGAUAGGAUCCAAGCUCUUGGCACGCAUGGGGUACGAGAUUGGAAAAGGUCUUGGACGGAACUUAGAGGGGCGUGUAGAACCCGUCCAGGCUAUGGUUUUGCCAAAGGGUAAAUCUCUAGACCAAUGCUUAGAGUUGCAGCAAAGAAAGCAUAAAGGAGGACAGAACGCUCCCAAAGCCAGAAGGAAACGACUGCCCAAGCGGCCAGGUGUCAGGCCGGGUAACAACGCCUCCCGCAAUGUCUUUGACUUCCUGAAUGAAAAGCUGGAGGGAAAGGCUUCCCGAGAGCACACAGCAGAGACUCGCACUGCCAUAGAGAGGAAAGGCAAGGAAAUCUACAACGCCAGCCAGGGCAGCAAGCGGGCACUGAAUGUCGCUCUAGCGAAAACCACAGAAAAGAUCCAGCAGAAACAGCGGGAAAUAGGACAUUUGACCAAAGCGCUAGCAAGAAACAUAGGAAGAGAGCACAUGGUGAGCACACAGCUAGAAAAACGUCUGUCAGAGGCUCGCACUGCGCUUGUGGAACUACAGCAGGUGGAGAGGGGCUUGCAGAGGGAACAAAAAGCAGCAGAUACACACAAGAAGAUGACGGAAUUCUGAGUCUGGUUACCAUGUAUAUAGAUCUGUUUGGCUGUUUACCUUUGUAUCAAAUUGUACAUUCCCCUUUUCCCUCUGGACUACAAAUUGUGUGUUUGUGAAUGAGAAUAAACCAUUUUUAUACAA